AUGUGUCCCCGGCAGUCCUAUAUGUCGACGGACUCUACGCCGAAGGCGACUUCCAAAAGGAAUACCAGGGCCUCGAGUGCACAUCCUAGGGGUUCCAAGGCGUCAGCAGAACCCGCUUCUUCCGAGAAGACGGGAGAAAACCAAGGGGAUCCACUGCAGGCUCCUGUGAAGCCAGCGGAGGACGCCCCUGAGCUGCCUAAACCGAGUCAGAUACCUUGGCAAACGAAGGUUGCCAAUUCUGUCAACUUGAUCGGGUACCUUGGGGCGCCUAUGCAGCUAGGCGUCUCUCCAGAUGGUGCCUACACGGCCGUCUCCAUCCUUAUUCACAAGAAGACUAAUGACCUUCCGCAGUUCUGGUUAGAUAUGCCCCUUUGAUUUUUUACGUCACUUUAAAUCGUUUUCUUUUUUUCGUAAAACUUGGUGUUCCUCUGUUCAUCUGCAUUCUGAUUUGGAGACCACACUCCGGAGCCUUUUUUUCAGUUCUUCUGUGCCUUCGAAUUAAAUUUCCCUGAUGCAAUUACUUUGUGGUGAACAUGAUUAUAGUUUGGACUUGGAGAAAGAAGAAUUUCAAAGGUUAGAGUAAUUGUGGAGUUUCUUUUGGUUAGAGUUGCCUGUUGAUUGUCUGGCUUAUUUUUUAGAUUUUUGAGCUAGAUGAUUGCCAUGGGUUUUUCUUCCAAAUGAAGUCUAUCCGUCUCACUCAUAUUUAUGAUUCGUUCAUGUCAGUGUUGGAUUCUGGAAAUCAAUCCAAUUAGUGAUAAGUUGCCUAAGACAAAGAUCAAGUCCACGACCUAAAUUUCACGUGCUACUUAAAUUUUAUUAUGCUCGGAAUAAAAUCUAUUAUUAUUAUUAUUUAUGGCAUCGCAGUCGGAAGUUGGUGAAAAAGGCUGAUUAUCUAUUUCGUUAGUUGGUGAUUUAUUGAUUACAUUUAGUUGUGAGAGGUUUCAUUAUUUAAAUCAUGAACUCAGGUAGGGAUGACUUUUGUUAAGUUGAUAAUCUUUUGUAGGAACGGUUGUUGUUUUCUUUUCUUUUCAGGUUUUUGUUUAUGUGUAUGUCUUUGGGGCUAGAAUCCCUGUCUUAGAAUUAUGCCGCCUGUGGAGGCAUUUCUAUUUUUAAACAAGUGCUCGGAAUUGGAUUUAAAAUGUAUUCUGAUAAUUAUUUAAUUAAAUUAUCCAUGCCUCUGUGUGCUUGUUGGUUUGCACAUGUUUGUGUAUUGAGCAUUGGGGGAUUUGACAAUUACUUGCCUUGUCCAUAUUGUCAGCCUCUUCUUGCUUGUUUCAUCAUCUGGUUGGUCUUCCAUUUUUGCUGCCAUAUAACUGGUCUGGAUUAAUAUUGUUCUAGGAUUCCGAUAGUCUUUCGAGGUGAUUUGGCUCAAAUUGCUGCAUGCAACUUGAGGGAAAAGGAUUACGUUUAUGUGACAGGACAGUUGACCGGACAACCAGAACCUGCGGAUAAUGACGCUGAAAGUAAAAUUCAGGUAUAUUUUUUUCUUCCAUAUGAUUCCCGUAUUCUAUUGUGUUUUUUGUACCAGCGUUUACAGAAAUCGUGACACGUAUUGAUAUUCAAUUUGCAACUACCAUAAUGACAAGUGAAACCCUUAAAAAAUCCAUUUUUCUCUUGUUCAUAUUUCUAGCAUCGUGCAAAGGCAUGAUGUGUUAUCGGAUUUUGAAACGCUGUUUGAACUAAAUAUUAGAUUUGUGUGCUCAUUUUAACUUAAAUAUUUGAAAUUGAUAUUUUACCCGUUAAAAAAUGUAAGAUCUCCUGGAGUACCAAUUAAUUUCGGUUCAUACCUUAAAGGUCAUCCAAGAAAUUCCGUAUCUUUUAAUCUCCAGUGGACACCUAUAUGAUUAUAAACAAUCUACAGAUCCUUUGCAUCUUGGACUUGCCAAGGGUCGAGGUGGAUAGCCUCAUUUUUUUUUUUACGAAGGCCUUUUUCAUUCAUUUUGAAUGUAUACUAAGAAUAGUUAUAUUUUUUUUCUAUAUAGCUUUAUUUUGUGAGCUAAAGCGAACUUUUUUAUAUUUUCUGUUGACAGUAACUUUUUACUGUAGGUUAUGGUUAACAGCAUCAGUUAUGUUCUUGAAUUACGCCCCGAGAAGAAACGUGAUAGUAGCAGUGAAGCCCCUGAUAGUUCUUUGGGUUUGUAUCGUACUUUCCCUUCUGUCUUACAGCAAUCUCAUUCUUUGUUAUGUGAUGAUUUCUGCUUUAUUUCUUGAAAGCAGCAGUAUAUGUUUCUUUACAUGCAAGAAUUAUUUUGAUUUUUUUCUUAUUAACCAGAUGGGAAUUCAUGAUAAAUGGGGAAAUUAGUGGAGAUAUAUUCAUACAUACAAAAAUUAAGUAAUUGCGUCAUCAAUGGUCUUAUGAACAAGAGAUCAAGAAGACAGAAGAAAAUGGAGGUGUAGUGCAGAAGGAAUGUUCAGUGCUAGCUUUUUUGGGUGAUUGCACUAAUUCUGGCCAGUAAAUGGAAUUCUGAAAAUUGGUAAAUAAAAAAGAAUUCUGGCCUUAAAUGGAAUUCUGGCCAGUAAAAUUGGUAAAGCAAGAGGACGGAGGAACCGUUUAUUGCAGGAGGCCAUUAAUGGAUUCAUCAACAAAGGAGAUUAGCUCGGGCAGGUAAGGCAGUCUUUAGAGGGUCCUUCUCACGAAUCGUAAGCCACUUUUUCCGUUUCACCCUAAAGGAUUCCGAUCUUUCUGUUUGGUGAGCAUUCCUAUGUUAUUGUAUUGCUGCAUAGUUGUUGUCAUACUACAUUCCCCAAGGAUCAGUGAUUCAGAUCUUUGAAAGUCAGCUGUUAUCAGUAUGGCCUGUAUGACGAAAUUCCAGCAAAGUUUCAAAAAUUUGCAACACUUGUCCAAUUAUUAUAUCUUUCAUUGAUCUACCAGCUUUAAUCUGAGAAAAUCAGUGGAUGUCCUAUUUUUGCUAUAUUUCUUUGUUGGUAUAUUCCUAAACCCAUCUCCUCUCAAUCAUACAGCAGAAUGCUCUUGUGAAUUAUGGCCAAUAAAAGGUACGUAAGUAUUGAUUUCAGAUCCAGAGGUUAAUCGUACUCUGGUAAUGAUAUCAUAUAUGAAAUGAUAAUAUUAGCGACUACUACUUUUAGAUCCAUCAUUCAAAAAACUCGAAUUCAGGUAACUAGAAAAAGAAAAUAGAUUUUUAUGUGACUAAUGUGAAUUUUCGGAUAAUUGUGUGAUUUGAUGUGAAUUUAUAUAAUUUUUAGAUUCAUGUUUUUGAGAUAAAAUGAAGAAAUUCAUUUAUAAAAUCACUAUCACUGUCAAUCUCAAAUAUUCUCAUUUUCAUUUCAAAAAUAUUGGAAAGACUGCCCCAAUUACUAAAAUGAGGCGCACUUAUUGCUUCACAGUAGCUCUCAUCUCCUUGGAUUAUGGAACGGUCUCAUUAGAUAUUGGAGAUAUUUCUUUCUGUCCUAGGCACUUCCUUUUUUCUUGGACUUGCGUUUAUAACUGCUUCCUUGGAGGUUAAACCUCAUCUGGUUCAUGUUUUCCAUUGCAGCUGAAGCAAAGGAGGAUCCCUCUGUGGCGCAACUAUGGAACGACCUUUUUGACAACCCGCAUAAAUGGUGGGACAACAGGCCAAAGGUUCCCACUGGUUCACUAACCUCUUCUUCUUGGGCUCCCCAUGGCGGUCCUCUUGCAUGAUCAGGCGCUCUCUUGCCCUUCUAAUGCUCGCAGGAUAACAAAAAGACUGGGAGAUUUAAACACAAAGAGAGCGGUCAAUCACUGGAGAUAAACCAAUCCACUCCUGCAUGGGUCUUACAGAAACUGGAUUCCCUCGUCUUCAGCCAGAGUGGGUGACUAGAAAUCCCGAGCUUUGCCGCCAUGGCUUCCCACUGAGUCCUCUGUCUCAUGUUCUCCAGCUGGUCGGAAGCAGUCGGGUGACUCUCUGGCGACGAUUUACUGGACCGACCUCGUGGAGAAUCCCCAGCAAUGGCGGGACAACAGAGAGGGUAAGCGGAGUGGGAAGGUGAGCCCCCUCCCCCCCCCCCCAGCUUGCCUCGGAAGUGGCAAUCAUUUGGCUGCUCCUAGUCUCACGGGUUGACUGACUCCACGCAGCUGAAGCCAAAGUUCCCUGACUUCUCUCACAAGGGCACGAAACAUGGGCUGUGGCUCAACUCGGCCCCGGAUUGGGUCUUGCCAAAACUGGAAGCUGCCGAGGCAAGCCCGAGAGGUCAUGGGCAGAUUGAAGGCAAGAAGGUCCGUACAGCUCCUGCUAAAAAAGGUGAGCCAAUUGCAAUUAAAUAUAGAAAUAAAUAUAUAUUUGUACCUGAUGGACUUCGGAUUUCAAAGAAAUCAUGCAGAAAAUUGAGUUAUCUCGUUUAUAAUUUGUCCCCCCUUAUGAGUUCCUUUCUUGGUAAAAACUGAUUUCCAAAAAUAACAGCUGGCAUAUUAGUCAACGCGAAGAUCAUGAAAAGUCAAUGAGCUGACUGUAUCACACUCCAAUCUCUGCCAUUACUAGCUUCUGAUAUUCAUCAUCAGGUGCAGAAUCGGAAGAAACCUGGAAGGACUUGGUGGAAAACCCGAAAAAAUGGUGGGACAAUAGAUCGACCAAGGUGAUCCUUCUAGUUCUCUUUUCCUCUUCUGGGUCAUCGUUCAUGAUCAUCAUGGCAAAUCUUGUGGCUCUAAUCAUCUUUAAUUUUAUAUCAUCAUUACAGAUCUUGUUGCUCAAAUUAAUUUCAAUUAAUUGGAUUAUUUAUCAAUGCAAUUUUUUCUCCUCCAACUAGCUUAACUUCGUCGGAUCAAGAUCUUAUGAUUCUACUCUACUUAAUGACGCUUCAUAUGAUCAUUGAAAAUCUUGCCGUUCUGAUUCACAUACACGGACGACGUGGCAUAAAAGGUUGACCUUUUUAUCUGACAUGGCUCGUAAACCUUUGACACAUCCCCCUGCUGAUGUGGCCAUGAAUCGUUGACAUUUUCUGCCAAUUAUUUUGAUAAUUUCUAAGUUACUCGAGAAAUACAGAGAAAUCUCUUCAUAAAUUUAUUGAAAAAAUCUAAGAAAAAUAUGGUUUUCAAAUUUAAACCUCAAGAUUAAUUUCCUGUUAUUGGAUCAUCGCGAAUCUUGUGGCUCUAAUUAAGUAGAGCUUUUAAUCUUUUCAGAUUAUGCUUCGGAUUAUGAUUAAAAAUCCUGUGGGUGCAGCUGAAACCAAACAUGCCGGACUUCAAGCACAAGGAGACCGGCGUAGCCUUGUGGCUCGGUUCCUCUACCCCCACAUGGGUUCGUGCCAAGCUUCCCUCCCCCAUGAGCUGA